AUGGCCUUCACGAAUAGCAGCGUGCCAUUCUUCAGACAUGACCGGCCGGCGGAGGUUAUCGCUGAUGGAAAGCGACUGGAUGGGCGCGACAAUGAGGAGUUUCGGACACUAUUCUUAAACUGCGGGACCAUCAGCCAGGCGUCUGGAUCGUCCUACGUGGAGCUGGGCAGCACAAAAGUGAUGGUGGGCGUGUACGGCCCGCGCCAGUCCGAUCGGUGGAUGAAGUACAGCGAGCAGGGUUCCCUGGACUGCGACGUGCGGCUCGCGACCUUUGCAACGCGGCAGAGAGGGCGCCCCAUCCAGACCCAGCUGGAGAAGGAGCUGUCUGCCCAGCUGGAAACGGCCCUGUCUGCCUCCGUCCUCCUGCACACCUUCCCAAAGGCAGUCCUGGAUGUGCAAUGCCUGGUGCUGGAGGCCGGCGGCUCCGUCCUCGCGGCCGUCAUCGCCGCAGCCACCCUGGCCCUCGCGGAUGCCAGCAUAGAGCUGAGAGAUCUGGUUUCUGCUGCGUCCGUGAGCAGGGUGCAGGGCAUCCAAUUGCUGGAUCCAACGGCGGAGGAGGAGUACCGGGAAGAAGCAGGGCUGGUGCUGUCUUUCAUGCCCUGCCUCAACCAGAUCACAUCGCUGACAUCGCACGGGGUGUGGUCCAAGGACGAGCUAAGAGAUGCUGUUGAGCUGGCGAUGGGCGCAUGCGAAGAAAUCGAUGCAGCCCUCAGGGAUCAGCUCGUGCAGAACGCAUCACAGCGGAGGGACCCGCCGGUCUUGGAUGAGGAUGACAAUGAGAAUGCAUGA